UACACAGUGAUUUUCCAGAGUGUUCCACCACCACCUUUAAAUGGGAAGAGCAGGGGGGUGAAGUGGUAUGUUCCUCUCACAGCUGCUGAUGCCAUCCAUCCUAAAAAUAGAGCCAAUCACUCAGCCAGCCACACCGACACACUGAGCUCUCUCCAGUGAAUUCUGACUUCUCUGAAAGUCCAGUUGACAUCUCAAAUAUUUGCAAAGAAAAGGCAACAUUAACUCUACAAAAAGACAAAAUGCCAAAGAUUGUUAGACCAGAGAACUGUCAACCAGCCAGAACAUUAUGGUUUGACCGGAAGAAGUAUGUCACUAUCAACUUUGUGGUUCAAAACCCAAAAGAUGUUCAAGUAGACAUCCAGGACACUAAAAUCAUUCUAAGCUGUAAAGAUGUUGAUGACAACAAUAUCUACAACGAGAUUGAAUUUUAUGACCGGGUAUUCAAAUCUGAUUCGAGGGAGAAGGUCUAUGAUCGUACUAUUAAUGUGUUGAUAAGGAAAAUGAAGGAAAAUGUGGCAUGGCCCCGACUCCAAAAAGAUCCAGCAAAGCCGGCGUGGCUGUUAGUAGACUUUGAUAACUGGAGGGACUGGGAAAACGAGGAGGAAGACGGCAUGGCAGAAUAUGAGCAAUACAUUGAUAUGAUUAAUGAUGUGAAGAAGAAGGGAGAGCCACCUGCUAUGGAUGACCUGGAUGAUCUCAGUGACUGAGCUGAGUGCCAUGUCCCAUGAUGAACCUUCAACGUUUUCUAAAAUAUAAUGAGUACAAUAAAGGCAAGUUCACUCUGCCACAACAAACAUAUAUUUCCAAUGGUUCUUGAAUCGGUGUGUUAACCCUGCUGCCGUUUGUUGGUGUUUGCUGGGGCAGUGUGAACACUGUAAAAAAUGCUGUGUCAGUUAACCUAAAAAUGUGCUUCAUUUGGUAGCAUCUAAAUGAACUGGUUUUAUUUAAGUCAAUAUUUAAUAAUUUUAUAUAUUAGGUUACACCAAACAUAUUGUUUUUACAGUGUAGCCUUAUUAAUAUGUAAAUGUCCUUUUUUAAACCUUUGAAUUUAUUAAUUCUUUGCUACCUUGCAAAUCUUCAUUGGCGUGUAUGAAACAAAAUCAGAUUAUUUAGUGUAUUUGUUGUCUUUUCAUGUUGGGAAUGAAAAUGAAAGAAAUGUACUUAUUGUUAAUUGUGCUGUGCUGUGCACUGACGUGCACAGAACGGGGGCAGCAGGGGCGCAAGCCCUUUCGUUCACAAAUCUAAUGGUGACCUUUUGGUCGUCCAGAAAAGGGGAAGAAAUUGUAAUAAUUAAAUUAUAAUAAUUUUUUAACUAUCCUUCCGCCCCUGUCCCUGCUAAGUUCUGUGCACGUCACUGGUGUUGUGUAUAAUAGAUUUUUUCUACAUUAAAGUUUUUUUUAGUCAGUCAUUGUUAUUUAAUGCUUUAUUCGUGCCUGUGGUGAUAUUUAAAUUUCAUCCUAAACUGUGCACACGGGAAAUCGGCAUGUUUCAGCCGAAUGUUCCAGAACCUUAACAUCGACCCCAUUCUGCCGAGUUACUGACAAGUGCCAUCUCCAAUCAUACAUUUUUGCAUCAAUUAAACUGAAACCAGGAUGUUAUUGUGUUCGUGUAGUCUGUGAGGAGUGCAAUUUAGAGGUUGCAUUUUUCCUCUAAUAUUACAUUUUUACUCCACUGAUGGCUAGGUUUAGGGUUGGGGGGAAGAGUUAAUAAAAUAUGCAUUCCAGCUAAAAACAACUCACUUUACAACUCGCUUUUGGCGCCUCUCUGUGGACAUUUCACACGGAAACUGGAGCAUACACGUCUGCUUAUAUUGAAAAACACAUCCUGUUUUGAAUUUGCAUAAGUACAGACAGAGUUGAGCUUGUGAAAUAUCAAUUUCACUUGAGCCAUACUUAAAAAUCAAAUGUAAUAAAAUAUGAAACCAUGUGACAUCAGCAAAAAUGAUGUCCUGAUGGACUUUCUCAGAACUAACUAUGGACAUUUUCCACUAAAGUUUGACUACCAGAAAGUCAUAAUUUUUAACAGUAUAUCUAUUGUUACUGUAUAUCUUUUUAACCCUUUUUUUUAUUGUAUUUUUUUUAUUUUUUUUUUGUGAAAUGUUCUGCUUGAAAUUUUUAUUUGUGCUUCUCUUUUUUUUUUUUAAGUGUAGCGUAAGAGUCCAAAUACUUUUUGCGGCCACUGUGUAGAAGUGUUCAAACUAGAACUAUAAAUCUGCAUGCUUUUAUUAUUCCAAUAAA